AUGGAUGGAUCAGCAACUCCAGCAACAACUGUUGGCGGUACACAAGCCAAAAUUGGUGGAAAUCCUGGCACAAUUUCUGCUGUUAUUUACAUUUGUGGAGGUUUAAAUUUAGUUUUUAUAAAUUUAAAUUUUAAAAAAGAUUGUCACAAAGAGAAUGAAAUACGUCCAAAAGAUCCAAUUAGAUGUCGAGAAUGUGGCUAUAGAAUUCUUUACAAGAAAAGAACUCGAAAAAUGAUGGUUUACGAUGCUCGAUAA